AUUCGCAUGUGUCAAAUUGGAUAGUAAACAAGUUGACAAAUAUGUCAAGAAAUCAUCGCGGGGAUACUAGCAAUGUAAACCAGAAUUAUAAACUGGUUGUUGUAGGUGGAGGUGGUGUAGGCAAGUCGGCUCUCACAAUACAAUUUAUACAGUCCUAUUUUGUGACGGACUAUGACCCAACAAUAGAGGACUCCUAUGCCAAACAGUGUGUGAUAGAUGAUGAGGUCGCGAGACUUGACAUACUGGACACGGCCGGUCAGGAGGAGUUCAGUGCCAUGCGAGAGCAGUACAUGCGGUCCGGAAUGGGGUUCCUUCUUGUAUACUCUGUAACAGAUAAAAGCAGUUUUGAUGAAAUUUAUAAAUUCCACAAACAAAUAUUGAGAGUUAAAGACCGGGAUGAGUUUCCAAUGAUUAUGGUGGGAAAUAAAUCAGAUUUGGACCACCAGCGGCAGGUGCCAGUAGAAGAAGCUAAGAAGUUGGCCGAUCAGUUAAAAAUCAGUCACAUAGAAGCUAGUGCCAAAAUGAGAAUGAACGUGGAUCAAGCAUUUUAUGAACUUGUCAGAAAAGUCAGGGUGUUUGAAUUUAAUGAGGGACCACCAGUAAAGGCGAAGACUAAAUCCAAAUCCAAGUGCACAAUAUUAUAAUGAUUACCCAAUUUUUUUAUUAUAUAUAUGUAGAAAAAAGAAGCGAAAAUGCUCUGAUAUAUACCCUUGUAUAUAUGUUAUUUAUGUACUAGACUCAAAGUGCCAGUAAUUUUUAAAGAGAACAAAUGAUGUUAUGUACGUAAAACAGAAAACACCCAACAAACUAUUUGUUAUGAUUGUAUAGUAGUAGUUAUUUAAAUAAUAGGAACAACUUAAGUUAAAGCUGCAAUAUUGAAAAUAAAUAUUAUUUAUCGGCAGUUCAACUUAAGGCAGAUAUUUUUAGUAUACACACUGUGUAUUCAAUGAGAAUAUUAAGAAAAGGAUAGCCACAACCCUGAAAUUGAAUACUGUAUCUAAAAUGUGCACGUGUUAAAAGUGCUACAAAUUUAAUGCAGAGAAGUCUUGCAUCUAUUUGUUAUUUGUACCUAGAAUGCCAUUAUUGUUGUUUUUGACUCGCAUACGUUGUGCCAAUAAAGUUUUCUUAAACUGUUCUUUGCAACAAAAUGUAACUGCUUAAAAUUUGACAAUACCUCUCUCAAGAUUUUUUUUAAUGGAAUUUGGUGUCAUCAAGCCCUGUUAUUUCUGGGUUUAACUGUAGAAUUAUUAUAAUUUACAUAUGUUUUUCUUAAAGUUGUGAAUGCUUCAAAGAACAAACUUUUAAUUUUGGAUUGUUUGCAUCAAAAGCCUUUCACAAUUUUGCUUUUUAUAAUACAGAGAAAUAACAAAUUCUGUUCACUGGGAACAACAAGUACUUGGUGUCUUUGGAAAACCCCUGAUAAUGCUCCCUGUGUGGGGAUCAAACCUGAGGCCCCACAGUAGAAUAAUGGCCGCCUUAUCAUUACACCACUGUGACCUUUAGAACUAGUCUAGUUAUGUUGUCUUCAGUAUUGAACAAUAAGUAGCAUCAAUUUUAUGUAAUUUUUGUUUUCUCAAUUUUUCUUUUAAUAACUAAUUUUGGCUGCAUUUAAAUGAACUUAAAAAAACACAAGUUUGUUUUUAAAUGAAAAUUCAGCUUAUGAACAAGAACAUUGUAAAAUAGAUAUUGGUCAUACCAAAGGACAAUAAGGUUUUACAAGAGACCAAACAUUACAUAAUUAUUAUGGUGUGCGCUAAAGUUUCAUAUACCCAUUUGGUAAACUGAUUAAUUUUCAUGUAUUAAAGCUCUUACUUAAGGCAGUGCUUUUUACAAAAACACACAGUCAAUUUAGCUCUUAAUUAGGCUGGAGAUUUUUAAUUUUUAAUUUGAUUUGCUUGUUUGAUAAUUUUAAUGUGAUCUCAUAAUAGUAAGUGAUAUUAUGGCAGUGUUGAUGCCUCAAGAGAACUGUUUCUCAAACCUGGUCAUCCUAUUUGGAAGGACAGUGGUAUGACAUUAACCAAUCAAAAUAGCUCUGAAGUCAUUUAUUGGCCAUUCCAUAGAAUAGUUUUUUUCAUUUUGCAUUUUUUUGCAUGCUUAUGUUGCAGUUAUAAGUGUGAAGAUGUGUUGUUCUUCAACAAUAGUUAUGUUUAUAUUUUUUAUCUUUUGCAAGUUUGACCAACACAUGAUUAAUGCUAUGUAAGAGUGUUUUGAUGGACAUUUGGUGCAACACGACCUUUAGUGACAUUAAGUACCAAACUAUUGAUGUUUGUCUAAUGCUAUUCUUUUUAUUUAACCUUUUACCACUUAGAUAAGUUAAAAAGUUAGAAAGUUAAAUUAAAUCGAAGACCUUUCUUACUAGUUUUACGUUUUAAAGGCUUCAUUUUCAAGCCUUAGAUACUGAUGAGCAGCAAACAGCAUAAAACCUGAACAGACUGUGAGUUACUCACAUGCUGUUCUGGUUUUAUGCUGUUUGCACAUAGCCAUUUCCACUUUGCUUCUGAGUGGGAGAGGGUUAAUGUUACAUUUUUGCUAAAGGCAUUUCUUUGCUAUAUGCUUUGUAAUAAAAAAACGAUUCUAUGCCAUUUAUGACAAUAGAUUCAAAAGUGCAGAGGAUUUUGCUGAAGACCUACAAUAAUAUAAAAUGAGCCAUAUCCUGGGAAAACUGGCAUGUGUGUUAAGUGACCUCACAUAUUAUCCUAUGCAGUCUGCACAAGAUAAUCAGGGACAAUACUCUCUGCGUUUAUAGUAUUUUUUGUUAACAGGAAGUGUCUUCUUAGCAAAAAUCCAGUUUGGGCUGAAAGUGUAAACUCAGAGUAGCCUUAUGGACUGCACAGGCUAAUCUCGGACCCUUUACCCACAUGCCUUUAGCCCUGUUUUCCCACGAGCGAGGCUAAAGUGCCAAUACCUAGUUCAGGCCAAGUUGUGAAAUUUCACUCUAUUCGACUAGCCUUUAAACUUGUUUUUUUUUAUGAGAAACUUUUAUUUGAUAUUGUUCACUUACCAUUUAAUACAAUCAUUCAUUAUGUUUUUAACUUACUGACCCCUAGAAAAGUCUUGUAUAAAACUUAUAUAUUAUGUAUUUCUGAUUUGUUUGACUUGAAGUCACAGCAAUAUCAUUUUGUAAGCAGGAAGUUUGCCUCUUCAGAUUUGUUUUAAAUGAUUAUAGUUUUGUAUAAGAAAGUCUUGCAUGAUAUGCCAAUUAUUAACAUAAAAGUUCUGUUGGUACAUUAAAUUCAUAAAGUAGUUCAUAGACAGUAAAAUACAGUUUGUAUUGAAAUUGUGUUGUUUUAUGAAUGUAUGUUCUCUUGCACUUCAUAUUUACAACUUAUACUCUGCUUAAAUUGGCUGGUAUCAUUAAAUAAAACGAUUCUAUAUACAGUAAAGUCUUGGUAUAUCUAGAUACCAAGUUUUAUACUGGGUAAUAAGAAGUUACCUUUUGCUUUCUAUUUGCAUGUGCUUUUGACAGCCUUCUUGCUUUAAAGGCAAAAUAGGAAGCUAUCAUGAUCUCACUGAACAAAUUCUAGUAACAAAGCUCCAUGUGUUUCUGAAAAAUUGACAAAAAGAUUAUGGAAACAUUUCUGCAUAGUAAGUCUGAGAAGAUAUUUUUGGUCAUGCUUGAAGAAGCUAUUUUCUACAUAUAAUAGGCAUAUCAUUAAUGCUUUCUGAAAUCUAUUGGGAUCCAACAUUUCCAAAUUAGUGAGUUACAUAUAGAUUGGUAAAAUAAAAUUUAAAAAAAUGUUGUUUCAGUUUGCGAGAAAUGAUUAUAAUAAUGAAUAACUGAAUGUCAUUCAAUGCUGCUAUAAAAUGUUAUUUAUAUUAUGUUCAUAUUAAAUAACCUGAAUUUUAUAUUGUACUGUACACUGGACACAAUAUGUUCAAAGGAGAACUGUCAUAAAUACUUAUAUUGUGCACAUUUACUUCUAUUUCCUAUACCAUUGUGUAAUAAAUCAUUAAGAUAUAUGUUUAUUAUUUUUCUGUAUAAAGUGCACACAUUGAUCAUGGUAUUUAUUGAUCAGUUGUUUGAUAUAUUUUCUAGAUGUAUUUUGUAUAUUUUUUUGUAUUCCAGUGUUAAACACAAUUGGGCAGACUAAUUGUCCCAAAUAUGUUUGGUUACAUCUUGAUGUACAUAUUUUAUUGUUUUUAACUCACUGAGUUAAUGUGAUCACCCUAUGCCUGGCUUCCAGUAUCUUGUGUCAUCAACUUUUUGCUUGUUCUCACACAAGAUGCCACAUUUUACAUCCAAUAUUGAGGAAACUUGCUUAGAUAUUUCUUGCUUGAAUGUUUCUUUUGAAAAUAUCUUGGGCAAAUCUGGGUGACAUGUGUUGAAAAACAAUUAUGCCAGGUGAAUUUUUAAAAUACCUUGUAACUCUUGAGGCCAAAUGUAUGACUCAAUCAUAAUGAAACUUGGUCAGAAUGUUAAUCUUUACAGUAUAUAGGCCGAUUUUAGGUAUGGGUCACAUGCGUCCUAAACUAGGUCAUAUGGUCAAAUCUAAAAGAACUCUUAAUACCACCAUCUUGACAAUAAAUAGACUGAGUUAAAAUCUGGGUAAUGUGCAUCCAAAAACAGGGUCACCAGGUCAAAUAUUAGAAAAAAACUAUGAUCAAUCUAGAGGCAACAUUUAUUACUCAAUCUUGAUGAAACUUGAUCAGAAUGAUAAUCUUUACAAUAUAUAGACCAUUUAUAAGAAUGGGUCAUGCGUUUCCAAAAACUAGGUAUUGGAUUCAAAUCUUAGAAAAACUUGGUCACAUGUGUCUCAAAACUCGGUCACCAGGUCAAGUUUUGACAAAUGGUAUUCCAGGAGGUAAGCACAUCUGGGUCAUAAUUGGUAAUAUUUUCUUAAAUAAUUUUUUAUCGAGACUUUUGUUUUUGUUCAUUAUGCAGAUACUCAAUAUAAAAGUUUAAAAUAGUAAGCUUCUUAAAUAAUAAUAAGAAGAAGAACAAGAAUAAUAAAUUGUACAGAAGUAUUUUUUUUUUUAAAUAAGCAAAAGCAUAUACAAUUGUUGUAUGUAAAUAAGUCAAGAUCUCGGCCUUUGUUGUAAUAAUGAAUAUAUGUUUACAAAAAAGAACAUAAAAAUUUAAAAUGAGUUAUAAUAUAGCUAAGUAAUUCAUUUACAAGAAUAUUUUACUUACCUUAUUGUUUCUUGCCUUCCAAUGGUAAUGGGGGCUAUAUAGGAGUCACUUUGUCGGUCGGUCUGUAUGUCGGUCUGUUGGUCUGUCCUGAAAGCUUGUUUGGGCCAUAACUAAGUUGUUCAUUGUGAGAUUUAAAAAUCAUUCAACACAAUUGUUCACCAUCAUUGGACGGUGUGUCGCGCGAAAGAAUUACGUCGAUAUCUCAAAGGUCAAGGUCACACUUUUGAGUUGAAAGGUAAAAAAUGGCCAUAAAUGAGCUUGUCCGAGCCAUAACUUUGUCAUUUGUUGUGAGAUUUUAAAAUCAUUUGGCAGAUUUGUUCACCAUCAUUGGACGGUGUGUCGCGCAAAAAAAUAACGUUGAUAUCUCCAAGGUCAAGGUCACACUUUGAGUUCAAAGGUCAAAAAUGGCCAUACAUGAGCUUGUCCGGGCAAUAACUAUGUCGUUCAUUGUGAGAUUUUAAAAUCAUUUGGCACAUUUGUUCACCAUCAUUGGACGGUGUGUCGCGCGAAAGAAUUAGGUAGAUAUCUCCAAGGUCAAGGUGACACUUUGAGCUCAAAGGUAAAAAAUGGCCAUAAAUGAGCUAAUGUCUGGGCCAUAACUAUGUCAGUCAUUGUGAGAUUUUUGAAAUCAUUUGGCACAUUUGCUCACCAUCAUUGGAUGGUGUGUCACGGGAAAGAAUUAUGUCGAUAUCUCCAAGGUCAAGGUCACACUUUGAGUUCAAAGGUCAAAAAUGGCCAUAAAUGAUAAUGGCAUAACAAUUCUUAAAAGUUGCCAUAAAUUAGCUUCUCUUGUUUUGUGAAGACAGCAUGCAAAAUAGUCUGUGUCAAUGCAGCAGGUGGGGGUGUACGUCACGUCUGUGACAAAGCUCUAGUUAUACCCCCAUUACCAAUGGUAAUGGGGGCUAUAUAGGAGUCACUUUGUUGGUCAGUCUGUCUGUUGGUCUGUCUGUCGGUCUGUCCUGAAAGCUUGUCCGGGCCAUAACUAAGUUGUUCAUUGUGAGAUUUCAAAAUCAUUCGGCACAAUUGUUCACCAUCAUUGGAAGGUAUGUCGGGCGAAAAAAUUACGUCGAUAUCUCAAAGGUCAAGGUCACACUUUGAGUUUAAAGGUCAAAAAUGGCCAUAAAUGAGCUUGUCCAAGCCAUAACUUUGUCAUUUAUUGUGAGAUUUUAAAAUCAUUUGGCAGAUUUGUUCACCAUCAUUGGACGGUGUGUCGCGCAAAAAAAUAACGUCGAUACAUGUUUGUUCACCAUCAUUGGACAGUGUGUCACGCGAAAGAAUUAGGUGGAUAUCUCCAAGGUCAAGGUGACACUUUGAGCUCAAAGGUAAAAAAUGACCAUACAUGAGCUAAUGUCUGGGCCAUAACUAUGUCGUUCAUUGUGAGAUUUUUGAAAUCAUUUGGCACAUUUGGUCACCAUCAUUGGAUGGUGUGUCACGGGAAAGAAUUACGUCGAUAUCUCCAAGGUCAAGGUCACACUUUGAGUUCAAAGGUCAAAAAUGGCCAUAAAUGAUAAUGGCAUAAUAAUUCUUAAAAAUUGCCAUAAAUUAGCUUCGCUUGUUUUGUGAAGACAGCAUGCAAAAUAGUCUGUGUCAAUGCGGCAGGUGGGGGUAUACGUCACGUCUGUGACAAAGCUCUAGUUUUUCAUUAUUUAGUUUUUAUAAUCUUAGGUCAUUAUUCUUGAAUUCCAAAAUUUUCAUGCGUUAAACCAUCAAACGAAAAUAGUUGAUUAUGAUUGUGUUAUUAUUAAAUGAUUGUGUUAUUAGUUAAUGUAUAAUAUGAGGUGAAAAAUUUUCAAAUUAAUUUAAUUGAAAAUAUUUUUUACAGCAUUUUUCCAAUGUCAAUGACAAUUUUGUGUCAUCUGUAUGUACAUAAUACCAUACUUACAUAGGUUUAUCUUGUUUUGGGUAAAAAUUAGAAUCGAUUAUGGUAACGGAGUUCUUUUCUAAUUGUUUGUCUGUGUUAAUUCCCAAAACCUUUUUUUCCAACAAUAGAAUACUGGUGCUUAGUAGUUCAUAAAUUGAAUUUAGUUCUGUAGUUGAAGAAGGAAGUCACAUUUUAUUUAAAUUAUCUCUCUCUAUAUAUAUAAUGUAUAGGGCAUGAAUCAAAUGAUAUUAAUUUGUGCAACAUUAAGUCCUGGUCAUUUUUCAUUUUUGUUAAUGUAUGCAGUAGAUCGUCUUCAAACGCGCACUUCUUAUUUAGUCACCUAGAUAAUUAAAUAAACUUGCUUUUGUGUUAAUAUUUACUGCAGUGCUCUCUAACAAAAUUUAGUUUAGCUUACAUGUUUACUUGGUGAGAUUGUAUUUGAGGCACCAGAUUGUUAGUUGUUUACUUGAAGGGUCAGAAUCGGAAAAAAGUAGAUUGUGAAGGCAUUGGAUAUAGUAAGCUGUUAACUAGACAAGAUAGUAUUUAAGGCAGUGGGUAGUAUGCUUUUUACUAUGUGAGACCGUAUUGGAGUCAGUUGAUAAAAGUUGUUUAGUUCAAGAAAUGAUAUUUGAGGCAGUGGAAAGAGAGCUGUUUACUUGGUGAGAUGGUAUUGGAGGAAGUAGAUAUAAUAGUGAGAUGUGAACUUGUUGAGAUAGUACUGGAGGCAGUAGAUAGUAAGCUGUUUACUUGGUGAGAUAGAACUGGAGUGAGUGGCUAAUUAGCUGUUUAAUUAAAGAGAUAGUACUGGAGGCAGUGGAUAGUAAGCUGUUGACUUGGUGAGCUAUAAUUGGAAUGAGAAGCUAGUAAGCUGUUUACUUGGUGAGAUAGUACUAGAGGCAGUGGAUAGUAAGCUGUUUACUUGGUGAGAUAGAAUUGGAGUGAGUGGAAAGUAAGCUGUGUACAUGGUGAGAUAGUACUGGAGGCAGUAGAUAGUAAGUUGUUUACUUGGUGAGGUAGUACCUGAGGCAGUGGAUAGUAAGAUGUUUACUUUGUAUACUGUGUAGAAGGAUGAUGAAAUGAUUGAUUUUUAAAAAGCUUUUUAUCAUUCCAUAUUUAUUUAACAUGUUAUUGUUUUUGCCAUUUUUUACUGAUAUAACUUAUUUCCAUGUAUAAACACAAACAACAAUGACAACAUUUUUUUUUAAGUUUUCAAAAUGCAUUAGUUAAAGGUGCUUGUCAAUCGAAUAAAUGUUUACCAUCCACUUGUAACGAAAUUACCACAUACCAAAUGUAUAAUAUAUACUUAUAAAUAUACUUACCAUUCUGAACAGACCAUCAUCAUUUGUGUAUUUAUUUUAUUUUAUCCUUGCACAUGAUCAUCUUUUUAUUAAUAUCUGUUAGUCACCCAACACAUGCAUUGUCUAGUCAUGAGCUUAUAUAACAACACAUUAAAAGUAAAACAGUUACUUAACUGUUAACAACAUUUUGCAAUUACCUUGCAAUGUUAUAAGUACAUAGUUAUGAUAUUUUGACAGUGAUAUUUGUGUUAAUAACUUAGGUUAGGGCUUCCAGGGCCCUUGCUACACUUUUGGGGAUUGAGACUGGGGCCCUUAGAGGGGGGAAUUUCCGUCGUUUUGGGCAAAAAGGGGAAUUUUAGAUCUUACACCAACCAUUCAACACUAAAAAAUGCUAUAUUUUAAUGUAAUUUACAUAAAUAUAAUCAAUGGUUAAUAGCAUGAUACCAGCUGGCAACAUAGGUAUAAAAUAAAAAUAAUUUUUUUUUUUUUGGAGGGGGAAUUUUUAGCUGAAAUAGGGGAAAAAAGUAUACUAUUUUAAGGGGGGAAUGGGGCCGAAUUUCGGCCACAAAAACGGUCAAACGAGGGCCCUGGCUCCAGUUAGUUUUAUUUAUUUAAUUUAUAGUGCUGCAAAUAGAUAAUGUUGUCAAAGGUCAAAAUAUAAAUUAAUCAAUUGUUUUCUCGCAAAAUCUUUCUUAAUGCUGCUCUUUAUGCAUUGGAAUCUAUCAAAAACGUCACUAAAGCGUUUUUUGUAUUUUACAAAUACUAUUUGUUUUAUUGGAACUAACAAAUUCUAUUAUGUCAAUUAUCAUGAUAAGAUUUGCAUUUUAAUCAUUGCUUGUAACAACACAUCUAAAACAUCGUUUGACUCAUUAUUUGUUUGAUGCUUAGCAAUAGACUUGUUUUUUUACUCAGCGAUACAUGCAUAUUGUCAUGUGCUACAAUUAUUUUCCUUGUCGUUAUGAUUAUGUUGUUUUUUAUUCCAUAUAUGUGUAUUGUAUUUAUUUAAGAAUGAAAAAUACAUUAAAUGUACAUCACGAUU